AUGGCCGAGACUCGCCGCUCCGGUUUCUCGGCGCUGUGGCGCACCAAGCCCCUUGCUGUCAUCGACGCAGAAGAGCGAUCGCAAGAUAUCCCCCGUACACUUAACCUCUUUGACCUUUGCUGUAUCGGGGUGGGAGGAACCAUCGGCAGCGGCAUCUUCUCCACCGCCGGAUCGAUCAUCUCGGAGACCGCUGGCCCCGCUGCGGUGUUGAGCUGGCUCGUUGGUGGCGUUAUUUGCUGUCUCAAUGCGCUAGCGUACAUGGAGCUGUCUACGCGUGUACCGUCUUCGGGCAGUACGUACGCGUACGCCUACCACACGAUUGGAGAGCUUCCCGCCGUCGUCGCCGCGUGGUUGCUGACGCUGGAGUACGCGGAGUGGCUGCUGAUCGAGCACCCGGACAAGAGCUUCCACUGGCUCAACCUGCAGUCCGCUAAUCUGAGCGGCGGUCUCAUCCAAUUCCUGAGCAUGGUGGUGCUGCUGAUGGGCGUCCGAUUCGGCAAAGCCUUCGUGAACAUCGUCACCAUUGUCAAGAUGUGCGUCGUGGCCUUCAUCAUCAUCGCAGGAUUCGCUGCCAUGAACCCCAACAACCUGUCACCGUUCGUCCCUGCGCGCGUUGAGCUGGAUGGUGAUAUGUCGUUUGGAACCCAGGGUAUCAUCACCGGCGCUUCGCAGGCAUUUUUCGGCUACGUGGGCUUCGAUGAGGUUUGCUGCCUCGCCGGAGAGACCAAGAACCCCAAGAAGAUCAUGCCCAUUGCCGUCAUGUCCGUUGUGGUCGGAACAAUGGUGCUCAGCACGCUGUGCUCUCUCGUGCUGGCCGGUAUGGUGAACUACCUCGAUGCCGGCAGCUUUGGCGAUGGCUUCGAGGGCCACGGCUGGAAGUGGGCUGGCACCAUUGUGCGUGCAGGUGAGGUGGUGACGAUGCCGGUUGUGGCGCUCAUCGGCUUCCUGGCCCAGCCGCGCCUCAAUUACGUGCUUGCCUGCGACGGACUCCUCCCCCGUGUUUUCGCCGAGGUGGACUCCAAGGGCAACCUGUUCAAGAACACGCUCAUCACGGGCCUGUUCUUCACGGUGAUCGCCGUUGUGGUGCCGUUCGACACGCUCUGGGACAUCGUGAACUUCGGUGUCAUGAUGUCAUUCAUCGUUGCCAACGUUUCGCUGACGCUGGCGCGCAUGAAGCCGCAGUCGCCCAAGCUGGCCCCGAUUUUGGUCGCUGCGAUGUUCGUGACGUCUGGAUGCACGGCCUUCCUGUACCAGGAGGGAUACGAGAACAACUCGUCCUCGGCGUGCCUGGUUCUCGCCAUCGUCUUCCUCGUCAUCACUGUGGGUAUCUCGGUGGUGUUGUUUAUCAAGUGCCCCCAGACCGCCAACUCGCCCGGUCUGUUCGCCGCUCCGCUGGUGCCGUUCAUUCCGAUGAUCAGCAUUCUUGCCGACUGGUACAUGAUCGCGCAGAUCGGCCACCUAGCGCUGGGUCUCAGCGUCGCCUGGAUGGCCGUCGGCGCGCUCUCGUACUUCGUCUACGGCUACUUCCACGCCGAGUCGCGCAAUGACUGGAACCGCCUGCUCGGCCAGAGCCUGCCCACCCACGGUGACAGCCUCUCGGCGCCCAUGCUCUCGGCCAAGUUCUCGGUGCAGGACCCCAAGUCCCCCGCCGUCUAUUAG